AUGUCCAAGAAGCUCAUCACUGUGUUCGGUGCCACCGGUGCCCAGGGUGGCAGCGUCGUUUCUAUUUUCCUCAGCGACCCCAAGCUCAGCAAAGACUGGCAAGUCCGCGGCGUCACUCGCGAUACCAGCAAGGACUCGUCCAAGGCUCUAGCAGCCAAGGGCGUCGAGAUUGUCGCUGCCGAUCUCGGUGAUAAGUCCUCGCUCGCCGCGGCCGUAAAGGGCGCCUCAGCCGUAUUCGCCGUGACCAACUACUGGGAAAAGCUUGAUAAGGAGCUCGAGGUCCAACAGGGCAAGAACAUUGCCGACGCUGCUCUGGAGGCUGGCGUUGAGCACUUCAUCUUUAGCUCGCUUCUCGACAUCACCAAGUUGUCUAACGGCGUUCUCCCCGACGUCUAUCACUUUGACAGCAAGGCCGCCGUGGAGGAGUACAUCCGCACAACCUCCCUUCCAUCAACCUUCUUCCUUCCCGGUUUCUACAUGUCCAACCUCCCCGGCGGCAUGCUCCGCCAGACGCCGCCGGACAACGCCUGGGCCCUCACCCUCCCUAUCCCGGCCAGCUCGCCGAUUCCGUUCUUCGACCCGGCCGCCGACACGGGCAAGUUCGUUAAGGGUAUCGUGCUGAACCGCGAAAAGCUGCUCGGCAAGCGGGUCCUGGCGGCAACAGCGUACACGACGGCUGGCGAGGCCGUUGACGUGUUCAAGAAGGUGUACCCAGAGGCGGGCAAGACGGCGCGGUACAACGAGGCCUCGCACGAUGCCUUCCGUGGCGCGCUCAAGAGCCAGGGCAUGCCCGACUUUGCUGCGGAGGAGUUGCUGCAGAACAUGAGGCUGCUCAAUGAGUUUGGGUACUACGGCGGCGAGAAGCUGGACGAGUCGCAUGCGAUUGUGGAGGACAAGCUGACGACUUUGGAGGAGCAUGUGAAGAACUCCAAGGCUUUUGCCGGGCUACAGUGA